AUGAAAACUCUUCUUCUGUUUAUCGUAUUCCUUGGAAUAAGAGCAGUAAGAAGGAAGGAUGAAGACCAAUUCCAAGCAAAUUAAGAAAUUUUGCAUAAUGAUCCCAGUUUUGAUGAUCUAGAGGAAAUAUCAGAAAAUCCGUUGGGAGCAAAGGUAUUGUAAACUGUUGCUCUGCAAAUUAAAAGUGGAGAAGGCAUUGACAGCAUAGUUUCCUUAUUGACAAAUUUAAAGGGUGACCUUGAAGGAAAAUAAAUUUAAUAAGAUGGGUCAAAUGCAGCCAUCUAAUCAUAAUGUAAAUCAGAUAUGGACAGUUAUGGUUAGAGAGUUUAAUUAGCAGUAAAUGAAAUUAAUGAUGUUGAAUUUAAAGUUGGUAGAUUAGAGUCAGAUAUUGAAGAUUAUACUAGUGAGUUAGACCUUAAGUAAUCCUAAAUAGAUACUUUUUAAAGUUCAGAGAAUUCCUUGAGAGAUUUGAGGUUGUAACAAUCAGCAAAUUAUAACAAAAGAUUGGGUUAAUUAAAAGAAAUGAUAAAUGCAUUUUAAGUUAUGCUACCAAAAAUGCACGAAUUGUAUGAUUAAGUCUAAUAGAGAGAUGCAGAAUCUUUUGUGUAAGAAGAAGCCUUUGCUACAUCUUUUGUGCAAUUAGCAAAUAGUGGAUCUCUUAAUCCAAUUCUAGCUCUGGUUUAGGUUACCUCGAUGAUGGAUUCAAGAUCAAUCUAAACCAUAAUAGAAAAAAUGGAAGUUGUCCGAGAUUCCUUAAUAACUUCUGUGGAUGAGGAGACUGCUUUAGAAGAGCAGGCCAUUAGAGAUAAUGAUGUUACUCUUAAUGAAAUAUUUAAUGCUAUGCAGGCUUUGACUAGAGAAAAAGCAGCAGACGAUGAGUCUUUGUAAGAUACCAUAAGGACUAGAGAUCAAUAACAGAAAAGGGGAAGUGAUGCCUAGGCUGAAUUUGUAGCAUCAAAGACAGGAAUGAAAUAAAGAAGAGGACAAUGUUAAGAAUUAUUAGUCUAAUAUUAAUAAAAUACCAUUUAAAGAAGUAGGGAAAUCGAGAUCAUUAAAAAAGUGUAGAUUAUUAUUUAGACAAAAUUAAAUGUUGUGAAGUCAUUCAUCCAAGAACAAUAGAUUUCUUGA